AUGGCAGCAACAGUCCAGCCAAAUGACAGCAAUGUCCAAAUCCUCGUGCCUGGCAAGGCGGAGGGGAAGCUCAUAUACUCGGAUAUUCCUUUGAGCUUUAUGAUGGGCGUGGAUCCUGACUCGGGGAAAGUCAUCGAUACCCACCAUCCUCUCUGCGGUACUUCGUUGAAUCAAUCUAUACUCGCACUCCCCUAUGGACGGGGCUCUUGUUCAGGCAGCGGCAUUGUCUUGGAGUUAUUGCUGAAUGGCCGAGGCCCAGCGGCCUUCAUCUUCCAAAAAGCCGAUCCAAUUCUCAUUCUCGGCAUAAUGGUUGCCAGCCUCAUGUUCGACAAAUCGGUUCCUGUCCUUGUCAUUGAGGAUCAUUCGAAUUUCUCCCACCUACGAACCGCAGACCAUGCACGAAUCUCAGAUCAAGAACUGCUCAUUGGCGCCAAUACGGUGUUCCGACUUCUCCCAAAAAGUGCAGACGCCAGUAAGAUGGCUUUGACCGAGAAAGACUUUGCGAUGCUAAACGGGCAACAUGGGGCUGCGUGCAAAAUCGCCAUGGAAAUCAUCGUCUGGUUCGCAACGAUGCAGGGAGCAGAGUCACUAGUGGACGUGUCACAAGUCCACAUCGACGCAUGUGUAUACAUGGGAAAAAGCAGCACUCUCUUCGUUGAACGGCUCCUGUCACUUGGCGCCCGCUGCGUCGUCCCAGCGACAUUAAACUCCUUGUCGGUGGACAAGCGGCGAUGGCGUGAGUUAGGAACCGAUCCCGAGCUAUCCACAGCCGCUUCUCGACUCGGCGACGGCUACACUGCGAUGGGCGCAAAGCCAAGUUUCACCUGUGCUCCGUAUCUACUUGACAGUGCUCCGCUGGCAGGCGAACAGAUAGGGUGGGCAGAGUCCAACGCCGUGGUGUUUGCCAACAGUGUCCUUGGUGCUCGAACGCAAAAGUAUGCAGAUUACUUUGAUGUUUUUAUCGCCCUGACCGGCCGUGCUCCUUACUCCGGUUGUCAUGUGGAGGAGGGCAGAAGACCAAGAACCCGGAUUCAAGUACCGAUACUGAAAGGUGUAGACGACUCACUUUUUCCUCUUCUGGGCUAUCAUAUUGGACAGAUCGUCGGGCCUGAGAUCCCCAUCAUCGGUGGCCUGGAGGAGAGCAAUCCUUCUCUCGCCGACUUGAAGGCAUUCAGUGCUGCGUUCGCAACAACUUCUUCAGCGCCCAUGUUUCAUAUCAAAGGUGUGACGCCCGAGGCUGCAGAAGCUGCAAGGUACGAACAUGAACAAAACUUACCACAGAUUACCGUCGAUUUGGAAGAGCUGGCCUUGUGUUGGAAGGAAUUGAACACUGCGUCCGAUUCCUCAGUUGACCUCGUAUCACUUGGAAAUCCCCAUUUCUCGCUCGAAGAAUUCGCCAGCCUUUGCAGCUUGGUUCAGAAUCGGAAGAAGCAUCCUGGUACCCAGAUGACCAUCACCACAAGCAGAUCUGUGUAUCAGGAUGCGCUCGCUGCAGGGUAUUUGGACAUACUGGAAACCUUUGGAGCCACUUUCAUCACCGACACUUGCUGGUGCAUGAUUCAGGAGCCGGUGAUUCCAGUCCACGCCCGGAACUUGAUGACGAAUUCCGCAAAGUAUGCCCACUAUGGGCCCGGUAUCGUGAAAAAGGGUAUUCACUUUGGUAGCCUGGCUAGCUGUGUUGAUGCUGCGUGUACAGGCACGUACGACUGCGUGAGACCAAGCUGGUUAGCAGAUAAACCACGGAGAAUGUGA